CCAGCUGUUUUGGCGGCAACGAGUUUUGACCUGAAAGCAAAUAAUGUUUAUUUAAAUAAAACGCAGUUUAAGUAACGGCCCAAGAAUGACACAGGAAAGUACGGUCCAUGAGGCGCUGAAAAAGCAUUUCGGCCACUCAAAAUUCAAAUCGGAGCUGCAGGAAAGAGCCGUUAAGUGUGCUGUAAAAAAAAAGCAGGAUGUGUAUGUGUCGAUGCCCACAGGUUCGGGGAAAUCCUUGUGCUUUCAAUUGCCCGGGAUGAUGUCCGAGAAUCAAAUAACCAUUGUCUUCUCACCGCUUUUGGCCUUGAUCAAGGAUCAGAUAGAUCAUUUGACCAAACUGAAAGUGCCAGCGGACUCUUUGAACUCGAAAAUGACCACCAAAGAAAGAGAUCGUGUUAUUAUGGAUUUAAAGGCCGUUAAAACAAAUCUUAAGUUUCUCUACAUCACACCGGAGCAGGCGGCCACCAAGUUUUUCCAGGAACUGCUCCAAACCCUCCAUAAACACAAAAAGCUUGCCUACUUUGCGGUUGACGAGGCUCAUUGUGUUAGCCAAUGGGGUCAUGACUUUCGACCAGAUUACCUGAAACUUGGAGAACUACGUUCCAAAUAUCAGGACAUCACCUGGUUGGCUCUGACUGCGACAGCGUCGAAGGAAGUGAAGGAGGAUAUAUACAAGCAGUUGCAUCUACACCAUCCUGUGGCUCAAUUUAGCACUCCUAGCUUUAGAAAAAACCUUUUCUACGACAUUGUGUACAAAAACUCCAUUGAAGAUGACUUCCAGCACUUGGCAGACUUUGCGAGACACUGUCUGGGUGAUCACAAAGAAUUUAAGGAGCAACCAAAGCCACAAAGAGGUUGCGGAAUUGUCUAUUGCCGGACUCGCGAUCAGGUAGAACGAAUGGCUAUCGGAGUUACCAAACAGGGAAUCGCAGCUGUGGCCUAUCAUGCUGGUCUGAAGACGGGGGAACGCACCGAAGUACAAGAAGCCUGGAUGAGGGGUGAUAAGCCCAUUAUAUGUGCCACCAAUAGCUUCGGCAUGGGUGUGGAUAAGCCAAGUGUGCGUUUCGUAAUCCAUUGGGAUGUACCGCAAAAUGUUGCUGCCUAUUAUCAGGAAUCUGGUCGCGCUGGACGCGAUGGUUUGCAGUCUUAUUGUAGAUUAUAUUAUGGCCGUGAAGACGUCAAGAGUAUACGGUUCCUGCUCCAGAACGAUGCCCAAAGGGCAAAAGGUCGUGGUGAUAAGGAAUUACUGACAGAGAGAGCUGUAAAACAGUUUGAAAAGAUCACUGAAUUCUGUGAGCGGACAAGCUGCAGGCAUAAACUUUUUUCUGACUUCUUUGGGGAUCCGGCUCCAGAUUGUAAUGGCCAAUGCGAUGUCUGCAAACGUCCCAAAAAAGCAGAAAAGGCGCUGGAAAUGUUCCAUCGAUUGUGUAUGGAUGAUACAUUUAAGUCGCACAUUUCGCUUGUCCAAGAUUGUUCAGACUUAUAUGAAGGUGGUCGCCCUGGAAUCAAGCGUGCUGCGCAGGAAUACGCAGCUGGUGAAUCUGAUUCAGAUGGCGAUUCCAGUCAGAGUCAUUCUUCCAUGGCUAAGAAAGCCAAACGGGAAUCGGAGGACUUUAUAAAGCAACAGUUUAAGUUAAGAAAACAAAUCAGCGCAGCUCGAAAAUUAGAACAAGAGACUUCAGCACAAAUCUCUCGGAUUAGACAAGCGGAAGCAACUGAAAAGAAAAUCGCUGGACUGCAGUCCACUCAUCGGGAGAAAUAUCUAACAGCCAUAAUCGAUGCACUAAAAGCCAAUGUAGAUAAGUGUAAGGAUGAGCCAGAGCAGCAGCCAAAAAGUGUACUGAAAUAUAAUGACUAUGAAGCGAUAGCAGUGGAUAUGGAAUACGACGUUUUCCGACAACAUAAAGUGGCCAAUAUGUACCGACAUGCCUUAGUCAAAGAGAUUUCCAUCAUUAAACAACUCACUGGAAAGACGCAAUUGCUGCCUCUUUUGUUGGAUUACGUUCCGAAACCAGAAACGAGUUCCAAAGGCGCCUGGACUGGCGGCAGUGUGGCCUACUUUGAGCGGAAACUCAAAGAACUGGAGGAACAGAGACCACAGAGUCUCAAGGAGGUGCCAAAAGCCUUAAAAGAAAAAAGGGGAUUCAAGCAGGAAAGCAGCAAACAGACUUCCAUUUCCUCCUUUUUCAAAAAAGAGGUUAAAGAGGAACCAUCCGAAUCCUCAAAUGAAGAAGAAAGUGUAACUAUUAAAAAGGAACCUGCAGAAGCUGAAAUGGAUAUAGAAGAGAAAGACACUAAAGAAACUUCUCCCAAUCCCAUUAAAGAUGAACCCAUGGAUCAAGAUAGUACUGAUCCUGAACUGGAUCUUCAGCCUGACAGCAUAAUUGGUGAAAGAAAGUUCAAAUUGAUGCCGAAUGGCGAUGGCAGUUACGACACCCAUCGCAGAAAAAGAGUUUCCCAUCAACACCAACCCAAAGAGAAAGAAUCAAAAACCACAACGUCCAGCAUGCAACAUCUUUUUGGUUCCUUCAAAAGUGAAUCUGAAGAGGAGUCGGAUCAAGCUUCUUUUGGUUUUAAAACUGCUCGUCAAAUGCUGGAUGAAAAACAGGAGAAACUAGGCAGCAUAACUGAGGAAGUAGGUUCUAAGGAUGAUAAGUCAGAAAACAAAACUGAAGCCAUUGGAUUUAUUUCUGCAAGAGAAUUGUUGGACAAAAACAAACUUAAGGAAGAGGAGAAGAAGGUAGAGAAGUCGAGUAACAAAUCUGAAACACUAGGUUUCAUUUCAGCCAGAGAAAUGUUGGAAAAGAAUAAACUUAAGGAAAAGAGUGUGGACAAAACAGAUAUUAAAGAAAACAAACUAGAAAGUAAGGAACCCAAAGGAAAACAUCACGAUGACAAAAUAAACUUUGAAAAGAAAGAAGAACAUGACAGGAAGUCGGAAAAAGAAAUGCCAAAAGAGGCAAAAUCAGACAAAGAUAGAAUCAAAGAUUUGAAACCUAGCAGAGGUGAGCCCAAAGAAUCAGAGAGGCACCUUAAAGAUAUAUCAUCGCGAAGAAAAGACUCAAAGGAGGCCUCUUUAGACUCGAAAAAGGAAAGGGAUCCAACUUCUACAGACCCGUCAUCACAGAAGAAAGAUUCUAAAGAAUCCAAUUCAAAGAGAAGUUUGCAAAAGGACGCAAAGCCAGAGAAGAACCAGCAAAAGAACGAUGUGAGCAAAAAUGUGGUGCAGUGGCUUAAUCCCUACUAUAAACGGAAAAUAGCCACCAAAGAGCUUUUCAAAGCCCUGGCCAAACUGCUCACUCAGAGGAUUUGUGAUGGAAGUUUGGGUAACGGCGAUGCUGGAAAGUGCUACAUUAAGGAGACCUUCCAUGGCCUGCAGAUGAUCAACAACGAUCAGGACAUUGAGAAAUAUUUCAUCAAGUCAAAGUGACUUCGAAGAACUCUCUCCACCAGACGCAUGAUUUCAUCACAACGAAUUGUUUCGCCUUGUUAACAGUUAAAGAAUCUUUUUUUUUCGUUAAUAUUUUCAACAUGUAAUAUAAUAAGUACCUAAAUUAUCAACAAUACAUUAAAAAAAAUAAGAUAA